AUGGAGGAGGGCGGCCGGAGCCCCCGGGAGGAGGCGGCCGAGCCGCAGGAGUCCGGCGGCGACGCGGAGCCCGGCGGCGGCGGCGGCGGGCGGCGGGGGCUGCUGCUCCCCCCCGGUGACCCCCCACACCCCCACCCGCACCCGCACCGCAUCACCAACUUCUUCAUCGACAACAUCCUGCGGCCCGAGUUCGGGCGGAGGAAGGAGGCGGGCGGCCCCGGCGGAGAGCCCCGGCGGCCCGGCGCGGAGAGCCGCCGCAGCCCCGCCGCGGCGCCGGCCCCCGGGGCUCCGCUGCCCGGCAGCGGGGCGGGCUCGCCGGGCCGGGGGGAGGGCGGCCCCGCCGGGCUGGCCCUGCACGGCGCCGCCAAGAAGGGGGGGGACCCCGCGGCGCUGGAGGCGGCCCUGAAGGCGCGGGGGCUGAGCGGCGGCGACCUGUCGGUGAGCUCGGACUCGGAUAGCUCCCAGGCCAGCUCCAACGCCGGGAACCAGCCCAUGCUGUGGCCCGCCUGGGUGUACUGCACGCGGUACUCGGACCGGCCCUCCUCAGGUCCCCGCUCCCGCAAACCAAAGAAGAAGAACCCCAACAAGGAGGACAAGCGGCCACGCACCGCCUUCACCGCCGAGCAGCUGCAGAGACUCAAGGCCGAGUUCCAGACGAACCGGUACCUGACGGAGCAGCGGCGGCAGAGCCUGGCCCAGGAGCUCGGGCUCAACGAGUCCCAGAUCAAAAUCUGGUUCCAGAAUAAACGAGCCAAGAUCAAGAAGGCGACGGGCAGUAAGAACUCCCUGGCAGUGCAUCUCAUGGCCCAGGGGCUCUACAACCACUCCACCACGGCGAAAGACGGCAAGUCGGACAGUGAAUAGCCAAGGGAAAGGGGG